AUGGCUACAUACGGCAUCGCACGAGAUGGGGGUGCCAUAAAUGAUGUCUCCGGCCAAGUGGUACUAAUCACCGGAGGAGGUGGCGGAGUGGGGCGAAUUUUGGCGCAGAACUUUGCCAGACUACGGACGCGAGUUGUCAUCUGGGAUAUUAAUAAGGAUGCACUGAGAGGCACCGCCGACGAACUGGAAGCCGAGGGUUUCUUCUGCCACACCUAUCUGGUGGACAUCUCCGAUCGGGAGCAGGUGUACGAGGUGGCCAAGAAGGUCAAGCAAGAAGUCGGCAACGUGGACAUCCUCAUCAACAAUGCCGGAAUCGUCGCCUGCCGAACUCUGUGGGAUCUGUCGGACAAAGCCAUCGAGAGCACCUACGCCGUGAACAUCUUGUCGCACUACUGGACGACGCGAGCUUUCCUACCGGAAAUGAUGAACUCCAACAAGGGGCACAUCGUAACAGUUGGAUCCGUUGCUGGACUGCUCGGAACGUACGGAUGUACCGAUUACAGUGCCACCAAGUUCGCUUGCGUCGGAUUCCACGAGGCGCUCUUCACUGAGCUAAGGGUAAGUUAGACAAAAUUGGUUUAA